AUGCUCGAAUAUGAUAGCUUUGUGAAACGUGCUUGUGGUGUAUGGAUGAGGGAUAAUGGUGUUGACAAAUCAUUUACUAAGAGAUUUACUGUUGAGGCUCCACCAUAUUCGUUAAUGUCAAUAAUAACACUUGGAUUUAGGAAGAGUGGUCAACCUUUAUUGGAAGUGGAAAAUUGUGAUGAAUAUAUUGGACGAAGUGCACUUGUGGUGUAUGAGCCCAACUUAGAAUACUUCGAUGAUAUUGGGAUUUAUGCAACAACUGAAUCUUUCGCUGUGAAUUCGUAUAUGGAAACUCUAGUUUUGCUUGGUUGA